CCAGAUAAAGAUGCUUAAUUUUUGACAGUUAAACGAAAAGGGAAACUUGUGUAUUAUUGUGUUUUUUCAAAAAUUAUAAAGAUUUUUAGUAUUUCACUCGGAAUUUCUUAAUAUUUUAAUAACAAACAUUAUUCUCUCUUGCGUUUACUGUCUCAGGCCCGUUUUACAGGAUCAAUAUUAAAAUUAUUUAAAGAUGGAAGUGGAUGGUUUUGAAGGUGAGGAAUUUCAUCCCUCUAUUGAACCAAUGGUAAUAAUUAACAGUCAGGAAGACGAAGAAGAACAUCCAAAUUCUAGAGGUCCUUUAGGACCAAAUCCUUAUCAAGCUUAUUCAAAUGAUCCUUCUUUUAAAAAACCACAAGGCGAAGAAGAAAUAUUGUCAAACAUAGGCCCUGAAGUUACAUUAUAUUCAGUGAAGAAAAAACGGAAACCAGCAUUUAAAAUAAGACUGUUCGGAAACCAUUACAGUGGCAGAGAUAAAGAGGACAUUUUUAACGAGGAGCAGGAGGAGGCAGAAAAGAGAAAUGGCAAAAUUAUACCUCAUAGGAAAGCACCGAGUAUUCGAACACCAGUAAGGCUCAUAUCCCAAGAAGAAGCGAUGAUGGCCGAGGAACCGUAUGCGAAACGCAAAAGCAAUCCAUUAGAAAAGUGUCCAAUUUGUAAAAAAUACUUUAGAAGGAUGAAAACCCACUUGGCCAAACAUGAAAUUUUGGAAAAUCAAUCGCUUUGCUCUGGUCUUAUUUGUAUGAUUUGCAAUAAGGCAUUUAAUAAUCACACAAAUCUCCAGAUCCACAUGAGAACCCACACCGGUGACAAACCUUAUAUGUGCGAGGUAUGCAACAAAUCCUUUUCGCAGAGCUGUAAUUUGGUCAAUCAUAUGAGAAUCCACACGGGUGAAAAACCUUUUAAGUGCCCACAUUGCGACCGAGCCUUUACCCAAUCGGGAAACCUCAACAAUCACAUACGGUUACACACGGACGAAAAACCUUUUAAGUGUCAUUUUUGCGACAAGGCUUUCGUCCAGAGUGGCAAUUUGAAUUCGCAUAUCCGAAACAACCAUAGAGUUAAACCAUUUAGUCGACAACAGCCCGAGGUUGUCAACGGUUAACCCUUUAACGCGUGUGAUAUUUUUUUUUAAAUUAGUUUAGCGGGUUUUUUUAUACCAAUUCGAUUUCAAACCUGUUUGAUUCGCAUGAAAUUCUCUUGUUUGAUUGAAAUGUUCAAAAAAAAAACUGUCAAAGUGUCCAGUUUUUAAUGCCAUUUUUUUUUAAAUUUUUGCUAAAUAUUUACCAAAUCGUCCCUCCAAUGCCAAAUGUGCAAAUUUAUAGUUUUGAGAAAACCCCUAUUUAAUAUUGGAAUGAGCACUAAAAAUACAUCCUUUUUUUUUUAGAGUGCCGAUGUAUAAUUGGGAUUGGUCACUGUUCGAGUUGCAAAUUAAAUUUAUAUUGAUUUUUAAUUUUUUUAUUUAUUUUCUUUAAGAGACCACAUUCGUUAUUUUGGCAUUGAGGGGACGAAAUGAAGUUUGAUCCGUUAUUGUGAUGCGGCGUUAUUUUAAAAGUUUUACAUGUAAAUAAUUUGUAAAUAUUCUCGGAGUGAAAAAAAGCAGUGCCUUUAGGCACCUUUAGGAUUAGGACGAAAACAAUCUAAAGAAAGUGUUCAGCUAUUAAUUGAAAAGACUUAAGCGGUGUCUAGUUUUGUAAAUAACCUGUAUAAAAACGAACGUAUUUAUUGGCAUUUUGGCAGUUUUGUCAGGUUAAAAUAGUCUUCUUUAGUCCUUGCCACUUCUGUGAAUAUUAGUUUUUAGUUUGAAUCUAAUAUAGUGCCAUUUUGAAGAUCUCAUUUUAAUCUAUCACUAGUUUAAGUAAAAAUCCUUUUUUUACCUUUUUGUAUUUUAAUUAACCUUAUUAAUAAUAUACACCACAUACAGUAAAUACAUAACCAGUUUUUAGUAUUAUACCAAUAGAUGCAAUAGACCAUUUACCUGCAGGUUUCAGCAAUAUGACUCUUUAGUGUUAAAAUUGUUUCAGACUGUAUAUGAAGACUUUACGUAUGUUUUAAGACUGUAUACCAUGAUAUUUUUUGUUGUGCAAUUUUUUUAGUCAUUUUUUUUUUAUAUAAAUAUAUUUUAUUUAUCUUGAUCUCCUGACUUCCAUGUCUUUAUGUUGAUAACAAAUUGUAUUUGUAAUUAGGCAGAAGAUUUAUUUACUACUAAGUAUCAAUAAAAAAACUGCUUAUGAGAAAAAUGUUCCUUAAAACUUAAGUGUAUAUU